CUUGGCAGGGGCCCUACUUGCACAGGAGCUCACCCCGGCACCUUCCACCUAAGCACAACCAUUACACACGCUCCUCGCCAUGAACCUCUACGUGGGACUCCUCGUCUUCUUCGUCCCCGUCCUCUACCAAAAAGCGCAAUUCCUGUACCGCGGGCAAGCAUCGACGAUCCCACUGCCGGCAACGACCAAACGCCUGCUCGACAUCCUCUUCCUGAGCUCCAUCCUCUUCCUCGCGCUCAGCACGCCCUACUUCGCGCCCGAGAACGUGUACCUCGCGACGAAGACGGACCUAUCCACGCACGCGUCGGAUGUAUUCACCGCGCUAUCCACGUACCGCAACCUGACUUCCGUGGACACGACACUGCGCACGCUCCUCAGCGCGGCGGAAGGCCGCCUGAUCUACGCGUGGGUGGGGCCGACGCCAUUACUGCACUGCAGCUGGUGCAGCUUUUCCGCGCCACAGUCCUUCCUGAUCUACGCCGCGCCGCGGAUCCUGCUGCCGCAUCUCCUCCACGCGGCGUUUAUCGGCGUGCUGACGAAUGGCCGCUUCGGCCGCUUCGGCCCGUAUUGGCGCUUCUACGCUUCUGUCCCCAUGCUGGCCCUGCCUGCCUACGAGCUCUGGCGACUACAAAAGUAUCAGGAUAAUAUCGCUGUUUGGGGUUGGCAGACUAAUUGGACGACUGUUUGGCAUUACUGGAGUAUGAGGACCGUGCGCUUGGUCGGCUUUGCGGCGAUAGAUGCGCUGCUGGGGCUAGUAUUGUGGUUGAGUGCGACAAGAAGGUGGAUGCUGGGCUGGGAGGGCGUCAUAGCUGAGGAAAGGGUCGACGAGGCGCUGAAGAAAAUUCAGAAUGCGGCUACCCUUAUGCAAGUCGGCGGGCUGCUGAAGCAGACGGUCAUGAGGGAUCCGGAGUUGAGAGGGAAGUCUGUGGAGUGGUGGAUCAAGGAGGAUUCCGGGGGUAAGGAGCUGAUGCGAGAUGAGGAGGUGAUGGAGGUCAGGAAGGAGAGGUUGCCGAAUAGGGUAAAUCUAGAUUCACUCCGGGAAGAGGCGGAGGGGGCGAGCCGGAACUGGGUGAGUCUCAUGUCCAACUUGGCGCGGCAGAGAGAACAGGCACAGGGAAAACCUCACCAGCAGUAGAGAUAGUGUAUAUUUGGUUUGGAUGGAUUGGAUGGCGUCACGGCGUAAUAGACUGAUAGACACCAAGAGUAGAAUCGGCAGGUAUUG